AAGAUCGUGGACGUGGAAACCAUUUUCAGAUUUACCAAAUGUAUUGCACUAUACACGAGUGGACGUGUCAACCAAGGUGGAUGUGAGGCAUGGGGAUGGAAGUUUGCUGCACCUUGGGCAUGAUUGAGAAACAACAAGCACUAGAGCUAAAGAAAGCUGGACUCACUGCCUAUAACCACACUCUUGAUACUUCAAGAGAGUACUACCCAAACGUCAUCACUACUAGAAGUUAUGACGAACGCCUUGAAACUCUUGAGCAUGUUCGUGAAGCUGGAAUCAACGUUUGUUCAGGAGGAAUCAUAGGGCUUGGAGAGGCAGAGGAAGACAGAGUAGGUUUAUUACAAACACUAGCAACACUUCCUUCUCACCCUGAGAGUGUUCCCAUUAAUGCUCUACUUGCAGUGAAAGGCACUCCUCUCGAAGACCAGAAGCCGGUUGAGAUUUAUUGUAUGAGUUGUGAUGUGAAAUAUUGUGUUAGCUUGUCUAUUUGCUAAUGUAGAGGUAGGGAAAGCAUUGAAUAGAUUCGAGCAUAUGCAAAAGUCAAAUGUUAUCUUUUGAGAGUAUGUCAUUUUGAGAGUCAAAUGUAACCCAAGUUUUUAACAAAGCAUCUUCUUAUGU